GUUUCUUUCCGUUGCUAUUUCUUUUUUUUUCACAAGAUAAAAGCAAAGUUCAAUUCAGGUCACAACUGCCUUAGUACAAUGAUGGCUAUGUGCGAAUGCCGAAAAAAAGUCGACCUCAAAAGACCACCGAUCUACAAUGACUCCAAAUACCAAGAAUCAAGACAAUUUAUGGUUGUGGGACCUCAGCCUUGACUUUAUUUAUCUUGAAGAGCGCCACAGCAUGCGCCUAGACCGACUGAUGGAAUCAACUCUUGAUAGAACAAAAACCAUUACGAGAACUAACGAGGACGAGGCUGAUCCAGAUUAUUCAUGUCUUAGAUUUGUUUAUGUCUCAUCAUUCAUCCCAAUUUUCAUGCUUAUACCCAUCAUAUCUCCGUCAUCCAAUUGUUUUAUUCCUGUAAUUGAAUUGAGUAUAUGAAUUCCAGGAGCAUUCAAUUCUGGCUGAUCAAGCAUGCCCGCGUUUUGUUCAUUGCUAUCGCAUUUUCAUAUUUUAUUCCUCUAAAUCUGUACAUAUAUUAUGCAUUCAUAUCUACGUAUACUGUUCAGUUUAUUUAUCAAAGUACUUAGUGAUUUUACUGGCAGUUAUUUCAAGUUAUCUCGUCAUACUGUUGCAUUAGUUACUAUCAACUUCAUUGUAUUCAUUACUUCAUACACACGUCUUGUUGAUAUCACAUUUGAAUGUAAAUACCUUGUUGUUGUACUUUAAGUUUGUGAAUUUUGUAAGUACUACCUAAGCUAAUAGUAUUGAAUGCCAGCUGUCAAAGACAGCCUUAUCCUGUAAAUACUGUAUUUUGUUGCAAUUUGUGUUGAAACCUGUCAAAUUUGAAAAUUGUAGAUAU